AGUCCGAAACUACUAUAAAUACUCAAGGUACGCCAACAUGGCAUCCAAAUAAGUUGCUCCAUUGCAUUUAUUAAAAUAAAUUAUUAUGAAGUCAAAAGCAGCAUUAGUGUUGAUGUGCGUUUUGGCGGCGGCACUAGCCGAAAGUUACAGUGACAAAUAUGACAAUAUCGAUCUACAGGAAAUUGCAGAUAACGAUAGACUGCUAGAUGCGUAUGCCAACUGCUUACUGGAGAAAGGGAAAUGUAGUCCUGAGGGAAAAGAACUUAAAGGUCACAUGAAGGAUGCCAUUGAAACCGGCUGUGAAAAAUGUACGGAUGCCCAGAAAAAGGGUACCAACUUCAUGAUUGACCAUCUGAUCAGGAAGAAACCUGAAAUUUGGAACCAGCUCGCCAACAAAUACGAUCCCACAGGCAAAUGGAGGAAGGUUUACGAGGACCGCGCGAAAGAACAUGGCAUCGUUAUCCCUCAUUAAAUUUCAUUAAGAUGGAUAUUAAAUCCCAAAAAGCAGCAAGAAUUUUUCUAAACCAGCUUUUACUUUAUUUAUUAUCAAAAUAAAUUUGGAUAAUUAAUAA